GUGUAGUUGAUCAUUAACAGGCAGCUCCAAUUUAUUUUGUUCAGUGAUGCUGUCAGGCAGCACUUCACUUCCUUCCAGGAGACAGUGACUACCUGUCAGCUGUUGUUUCUACAUCAACUAUGCACCCAUACCACAGAUCUCAGUCCAGACCGGACCAUCUGUUCUCUGAGGGCCCAGCAGGUCAGGAUCACUGUGGGCCAUCCAGAUCUUUGUGUGGUGCAUCAGCGCACUCAGCAUCAACAUAUGUGAGCUACCACAAGGAAUCUGCAGAGAUAUAUCCACCAACAAGCAAUCGAGACUCACACUGCCCAGUCUGCCUGCAGACGGCCAGCUUCCCAGUGCAGACCAACUGUGGCCAUGUGUUCUGUGCUCCCUGCCUUAUCGCCUACUGGAGACAUGGGUCAUGGUUGGAUGCAAUCAGCUGCCCCCUCUGUAGACAGAAGGUCAGCGUGCUGUGUCACCUAUUUAACGAGAGUCGAUCAGACCGACAGUCAAAGGAAGUACUUGGGGAAAUCACGGACUACAACAAACGUUAUUCUGGAGCCCCACGACGGGUAACAGACUACCUUUGUGACGCGCCCCUCCUCCUGCAGUUACUGGCCCGUGGCCUUGGCACCAUAGGAGGGCUUGUGUGGCUGUUUUUCUUCAGGGUGGCUCUGUGCUGCGUGGGGACUGUGGUGUCCCUCUCCUCCCCUCCUCUGGACUCGGUCUCUGCAUCGUCAGCAAGCCCCCUGGAGACAGACCCCACCCUCUGCGGACUGCUCGGGGUCCUGGAUGACCUGGUGGUGGUCAUUCUGCUCCUUAUCUGCGUCAUCAACAUCAACCAGCAAAUAACACCGGACAGAGGAGGACACUCUGCAAAUGCUACCACCCCACAAGGUGUGAUGGGGAAUUCACUGUAGAUGGAUGCUGCUGUAGAGUGUCAGUACAAGCUGUCUGACAUGGACUUUUAUUGGAUUUCUUCCUUCUGCCUGUAGCUAGAUGGAUUAGUAGAUACAAUAAUAUUGACAGCACCACAGCACGAAACAGUUGAGAUGUUGGAUGGUGUCUCAGCCUGUCAGACUCCAGGCCUGUUUGUCAAGUGUUUACAGAGCCUAUGCAACAGUUUAAAAUACAGUGUUAUGCAAUGUGGUGGCUCAGCUUUGGUUACAAAUGCUCCGUCCUUAAGUUCCUGAGGCCUCAAGUGUUUGGCUGGUAGCUUUUUAAUCCAUGUUAAAUUGGCAUAGAUCCACUGACUUGACAAUUAAAAUAGUAAAUUUUAAAUAAGUGUCAUUUUUACUCCUCUAACCUUGUGGCAAUUUUGCCACUUUGUUUCAGUGAGCUAAGGAGAAGCUGUCAUGUUAGUACUGUAAUAUUGACAUCUCUGUAAAUACUUAAUAUUGUAUACAUUUGUUUUUAUGUGUGAAAUAAAGAAUAUUUAUUGUCUUA